AUGAUCAAGUACCUGGUAUACAUUGCUACCUACUAUCGGCUCGACGGCCGUGACGAUAAGGACCAGAUGGCUGAUCCCUGGUUCGCUGCUUAUGCUCCUCCUUGCGCCAGGGCUGAGACUGACAAGAGAUGGUCGGUGAAGACGAAGCCCUCGUCCAUCCCUCGUAAUACUAGUGAUGGCAGCCCCCUUUCGCCGAAUCGAGACAACAGCUUGUUUCCCACCGUAAGACGCCUCUUCCGGAUUAGACAGAUUCAAAGGGGAGGGGAGAUCUAA